UGGCAGCUGGCUGGCUGAUGCACGCCAGUGGUUGGCUUCUGGUUGGCUUUCUAGGUUAGGUGCAUGAAUCAUAGUCAUCGCAGUGUAUUGAGUGUUUGAGGUUGAGCGUAAUUGUCCUAAGCACGUGUUAAACGUGCUUUGGGCAUUAUUAUCCUCAAUUGAAAGUUAUACUUGAUAUUGUGACAAACAACAACAGUGAGUGAAACCUUUUGGUGUAGAAAGGAUUAAUUGUAAAGAUGGGUAAAAAAACGAAGAUUGGGAAACAGCGGCGUGACAAGUACUAUCAAUUAGCCAAGGAAACGGGAUACAGAUCUCGAGCCGCUUUCAAAUUAAUUCAGCUCAAUCGUAAGUUCGAGUUUUUGCAAAAAUCUCGAGUAUGUAUCGACUUAUGCGCAGCGCCAGGAGGCUGGAUGCAGGUUGCCAGGCAAAAUAUGCCUGUAUCAUCUAUUGUCAUCGGCGUGGAUUUAUUCCCGAUAAAACAAAUACCUGGAUGCAUCGGCCUGACCGAAGACAUCACAACGGACAAAUGCAGAGUGGCCAUAACUCGUGAAUUGAAAACAUGGAAAGCAGACGUGGUAUUAAACGACGGUGCUCCUAACGUUGGUAAAAAUUGGUUGCACGACGCUUAUCAACAAGCUGUCUUGACACUUGCAGCUGUAAAAGUAGCAACACAAUUCUUGAGACCGGGUGGUUGGUUUGUGACCAAAGUCUUUCGGUCUAAGGAUUAUCACUCGCUCGUUUGGGUACUGAAACAGUUGUUCAAAAAAGUUCAUGCCACCAAACCUCAAGCUUCGCGUAACGAGUCUGCAGAAAUAUUUGUCGUUUGUCAAUAUUAUAUCGCUCCGGAUAAGCUCGAUCCAAAAUUCUUGGAUCCGAAAUAUGUUUUUUCUGAGCUUGAAAUUGAAUCGAACAACAAGCUGAAUGUCUUUCAUCCUGAAAAACAAAAGAAAGCCAAAGCCGAAGGUUAUCCGGAGAACGAUUAUACCCUUUAUCACAAGCUCAAUGCCAGUGCUUUCAUAGCCAAUCAAAGUGGUAUAGAAGCGCUCCAGAAUACGUCGGAGAUCGUUAUCGACGAAAACAGAAUAGCGAAUCAUAUAAAAACAACAAAAGAGAUUAGGGAAUGUUGCAAAGACAUCAAGGUUUUGGGUAGAAAGGAAUUGCGGCUUUUACUCUCGUGGUGGAAAGAUCUUAGGACUGAGUUUGUCGUCGAUAGCGAGGAAAAACAUGUGGAAAGUAGUGAUCUCCGGAAGGAAACCGAAACGCCGGUGAAGACAAUCGAGGACGAGGAGGAUGCUGAAAAUGCGAUAAUAGAUGAAGAAAUCGCUAAUUUGAAAGCCGAAGCUGCACGGGAAUUGAAGAGAAAGAAGAAAAAAACAAACAAAGAGAGACAAAAAUUGAACGAGCGUCUUAAUUUGAAGAUGGUCCAUAAAGGCGACGAAGGACCCAAACUCGUGGAGGACGAUAUGUUUAGUCUCGAUCAGAUAAAAACGCAUAAUGAACUGGAAACUGUGAUCGAUCAAACUCCUGAAGUUGCCGCCGAAAGCGAUAUUGAUUCGGACGACGAGGUCAGACUGCCCAAAAAAUUCAAGUAUGAAAAGGACAGGAGCCGUCUCGAUAGUUCAGGACUUUAUUACAAAACGGAAAAUAGCGAAUCGGAAAAUUCGGAUGACCAAGAUUCCGAAAGCGAUAAAUCUGGGCUUGGAUUGAACGAGUCCGAUGAUGAGGGGGAGAAUGACGUAAUACCGAAACGGAGACAAGACGUUGAAGAUGGUAUGGAAAAUCCGCUCAUUACCGAUCUCGAUCACAGGGAUAAGAAAACGAAAAAAAUUCACAAAGCACAGUUAUGGUUCGAGAAAGAUGUUUUCAAAAAUCUCGAGAACGAGGACGAUGAAGAUUUUGAGCUUGACAAAAUGAUCGAAGUUUAUAAAAAUAAAGGGGGCAAGAUAAUCGGAGACGAGAAAGUUGAGGAUAAAAAGCCAUCGGUUGGUGUUAAAAAAGAGGAUGAUUCCGACUCUGAGUAUGACAUGGAAAUAAUGACUGAGAGUAAAAAAGUUAAAAAAGUUGGAGGAAGCGAUGGUUUCGAAGUAGUUGCGAAAAAUGCUCCGAUGAAAUCAAAGGGUAAACGGAAGCUUACCGACCAGGAACUUGCGCUCGGAUCAUUGUUGGCGCAGGGUAAAAAAUCACGUCGCGAUGUGACCGACGCGGCGUGGAACAGAUUCGCUUUCAACGACGAUAAGUUACCUGACUGGUUCGUGCAGGACGAGGACAAACAUAUGAGACAAGAAGUGCCGGUACCUAAGGAACUUGUAGAUGAGUAUAAGAAGCGAGUCGAAGAACUCAAUGUUCGCCCGAUCAAGAAGGUGAUGGAAGCGAAAGCAAGAAAAAAAAGGCGAGCAUUAAAAAAGCUCGAAAAAGCGAAGAAAAAGGUUGAAUCGCUCAUGGACAAUACGGACAUGAGCGAUCGUGAAAAAGCAAAACAGGUCAAAGCUUUAUACAAGAAAGCAACGAAAGAACCGAAAAACCAAGUGACGUAUGUCGUUGCGAAGAAACAAGACGCUCAGAGGCGAGCCGUUCGGCCACCCGGUGUCAAAGGCCAGUAUAGGAUCGUCGAUCCUAGAAUGAAGAAGGAUCUGAGAGCAGCCAAAGCAAAGGAAAAAACGAAAGGACGAGGCAAAAAAGGUGGGGGGAGGAGGGGACGAGGCGGUAAAUUGACGCGAGGAAAACCACAAGCAAAAUCGGCGAGGGGGCAAAAGACGAAAUAAUUCAAGACGUUCGUUAUGAACGCUAAAUGGUUUCUAUUUGACAUUUGUUAAAAACAUCAUUUUUCCGAACAAAUAUUAUUAUUAACGUAAUGCUUCAACAUUGAACAUUUCGUACCGUGUAUUUUCGUUAGGACAAGUGUAAAAUAGAUGACGAAAAACUGUUGUAUAGUCUCCUACCUAAAUGUUAUAUCGAUAACUUUACAUGAAUCAGAAUAACAUUGAAGUUCUUUGUAUCAUAAAACGACACGAUUGACGCUUACUUGAUCCUGAAAGUUGUUAUUAGAAGAUGGAACGACAAGGAGAUAUUCGUAAAUCUGUCGAAUAAAUUGAAACUAAUAGCGCGCGCAGUGCAACGCGACGUUAGUUUUUUUUAUAGACUAUCCUUGAACUUGUUCAUAUCGGAUGAAGGGCGGUCGUUGUUUCUGUUUAACGAUCUGGCACUCUUCUUUUUGUCUCACUCAUGAACCAUUUCUCGUCCGGAUGUGGUUGCCAAUUUUCUUGGGUGGUUAACCAUAUAUGUAUAUAGAGGAGGAAGAAUUAAUAAGUUUCAAACAUUUUUUACCAGAAAUCCAUUGUCAGAUAUUUCGGGCUGAAAGUCGAUAAUAAGGGAAGAGGAAAAAAAAAAUAAUUAAUGUGGCGGAUUAUAUAUUUUUUUAUGGUCCAGUUGUUGUCAUUGCGCUGGAUAACGCGGAUGCCUUUUACAUGCGACAAGACAUUAACGCGGGGAACAGUCGAAAAAUUUCAUUUCUCAAAACAGGUAUUAUAUAUAAAUAUAUUGAGACGACGGAUAUCGUUUGUCGUUCGGCAAGGUCGGUGAAUUUAAACUUUUCGCUGCACACACAAUUAGGCGUGUGUAUACGAUCGCGAAGGCAUUUACGUUGCGCACAGUGCAACGUAAUCGCAGCAGUAUGAUUUUUUUGUAAAGCUUCCUUCCCAGGAAGAACGUUAAAAAUGGAUAUAGAUAUUGUCAAAAAAUAUAUAUAUGUAUACCGAGGAUGUCGUUUCGCACUUCGACUCACGCAUUCGAUCGAGUAUACGGUAUACCAGAUUAUUUCAAGGUCAACAAAGUCAAAGAUACAAAAUUAACAUAGCCGUGUGGCUUAUUCGUUUAUCGCGCACAAUCAGCUGUAAGAAAAAAAGAAUACGAACAAAUAGGCUCUUAACAAAAAGUGUAAAUUCUACACGUGACGAUAAAAUAAAAUAUACGAGUAUCUAAGAUUAUCGCGAACGAAUGAAUUGGCUGACAAAACUAUAGUAUAUCGUUUAUACUCAAUUCAUUAAUUUUCUCAGUCGAUAAAUAAAAUACCAACAAUUUUGUACGCGGCGACGUUUAUUCCACGAGUCUAGUCCAAGUUUUAUGAAAACCAUUGAUGUACAAGAAUUCCGAGAGACGAGUGAAACCGUUGUUGCCAAAUAAUUAGAUGAAUUUUUUUGAAAUUACACAACGGCAGUUGGCAAAAUGAUUUCCGGCCCGGAAUAGCUGAUUGUGAAAUAAAAAAUGGAUUAGAGGUGU